AUGGCGGAGACGAUAGUCACCCCGCCUCUAGACCAAGGUGUCGGAUAUGGCAUCGUCCUUGGCCUGGGCUUUGGGUUUGCCCUUGGAAUGAUCCUAGUUACUUUCAUCCUCAAGCGAUAUAACUCGGAACUCCAGACUUCUGAAAUGUUUACUACUGCUGGUCGCACAGUUAAAAGUGGCUUGGUCGGAUCCGCCGUCGUAUCUUCUUGGACGUGGGCAGCUACACUACUACAGAGUUCGGGUGUCUGCUAUAGGUAUGGUGUCUCCGGUCCAUUUUGGUACGCGUCGGGAGCGACAGUUCAGAUUCUCCUUUUCGCGACAUUAGCUAUCGAGCUAAAGCGACGCGCUCCCAAUGCGCAUACGUUUCUCGAGGUAAUUAAGGCUCGUUAUGGAACGGUCGCCCAUAUGGUCUUCAUGGUUUUUGGCCUUGUGACCAAUAUCCUCGUCAGUCUCAUGUUGGUUGUUGGUGGUUCGGCUACAGUGAGCGCUCUUACAGGAAUGCACACUAUCGCGGCUAUUUACCUUCUUCCCGUCGGCGUCAUUGCAUACACUAUGGUCGGUGGCUUGAAGGCAACGAUCUUGACUGACUGGAUCCACACCUUCAUCCUACUCAUUAUCAUUAUUAUUUUUUCAUUGACGGCCUAUGCCUCGUCUGACAGGCUUGGCUCACCAUCGGCAGUUUAUGAUCUGCUUGUCGAGGCUGCUUUCAACCAUCCGGUUGAAGGAAACGCCGAAGGCAGUUAUUUGACCAUGCGCUCGAAAGAAGGAGCCAUUUUCUUCGUUAUCAACAUCGUUGGUAACUUUGGAACUGUGUUCCUCGACAAUGGAUAUUACAACAAGGCCAUCGCUGCCUCGCCAGUCCAUGCUCUACCUGGCUACAUUAUCGGUGGUCUCAGCUGGUUCGCGAUUCCCUGGUUGACUGCUACCACUAUGGGUCUAUCUGCUCUGGCUUUAGAGGACACACCGGCAUUUCCGACGUACCCUAACCGCAUGUCUGAUGCGGAUGUAUCAGCCGGACUUGUGCUGCCGUACGCCGCCGUUGCUCUGCUCGGAAAAGGAGGCGCGGUCGCUACGCUUCUUAUCGUCUUCAUGGCUGUCACUUCAGCCACUUCGUCCGAACUGAUCGCCGUCUCCUCUAUCUUCACUUACGAUCUCUACCGUACCUACUUCAAGCCCGACGCUAGCGGCCGACGCCUCAUCUACAUGUCUCACGUCAUCGUUGUAGCAUAUGCCCUGUUCAUCUCCUCGUUCUCCGUCGGUCUCUAUUACGCGGGAAUCUCGAUGGGCUACCUAUACCUCAUGAUGGGUUGUAUCAUUUCAUCGGCCGUGAUACCCGCUACCUUGACUUUGGUCUGGAAGGGACAGAACAAAUGGGCCGCAGCACUAUCUCCAAUCUUCGGACUCGCCUUCUCCUUGAUCGCAUGGCUUGUCACCGCUCACAAAGAAUGUGGCUCUUUAGAUGUGGAAUGCACGGGAUCGAACAAUCCUAUGCUUGCAGGAAAUGUUACCGCACUUCUGUCUCCUCUUGCCCUCAUCCCCAUCUUCACUCUCAUCUUCGGAAUGGACAAUUACGACUGGAAGUCGAUGAUGGAAAUUCGCAGGGGCGAUGAUCACGACCUCGCCGCUACGGCAGGCGUGGACCUCGAGCAGACGGUUGGCGGGCACGAGGAGACAGCAAACGAAUUCGCCGAUGAGCAGUCGAAGCUGAUGCGCGCAAGCAAGAUCUCCAAAUGGACGACGGCGGGGCUGACGCUCGCGUUCCUGGUCCUGUGGCCUUUCCCGAUGUACGGCAGCAGCUACGUGUUCUCCAAGCCCUUCUUCACCGGCUGGGUCACCGUAGGCAUCAUUUGGAUCUUCUGCUCUCUCGGCGCUGUCGGACUGUUCCCCGUCUUCGAGGGACGGCUGACACUUGUGAGGACUUUCAAGGCCAUUGUCCUUGAUCUGUCGGGGAAGAAGCACGUUACGGCUAUCCGAUCGGAAAACGAGGGAGCGGCGGCUAUUGAUGGGAAGGCGGCGUCAGGUGACGAGACACCCCCCGUCGCAAACGAGCCUCUCAAGACGGAGACGGACGAAAAAGCGGAGUAGAUUCCAUGGUGUUGAGUUGAGAGGUGUUUGGGGGAUUUUGGAGUGAUUUAUUGAAGAAAAAAAAGAUACCCUUUAUAUGUUAGGAAGCUAGAAGCGAGAUUAGUUGACAUUUGUAAUUUAUAAAUCUAAUAACUCCAACGAUCGCCCUUGUCCACAUAAUCCGUGAGCUAGUCGUUCUAGAAAAAGACUAUGUGUUUAGUAAAACUUGGGGUAGCCAGUUUAGUAUAUUCGCCCGCCGCUAUUCACAAUAUUGAAGUCGCUCACCGUAGGUACCUAAGAGUUCAAUGGGGGAAAUUCAGGACAAGAAUUUCGAAAAUAGACCCCUCCUUCAAUGUCCUUCAUUCUGCCUUUCGUCUCUCAUCACCUUUAACCCAACCCGUUUAUUCAGGGUUAGUAAUAUUGUAGUCAGGCAGUAUGUUCCCACGGCUAUCGCUCAUCUCCUCGGGGUUCAUUGGCAAGCAGUUAUUCGUCUCCAAAGAUAAUGCAUUAUUCAACCCAGCGCUCACCGGUCAUUCCUGAACCCUCCCAAGUCAGAUCUUAACUUAUGCGCCUACUCAUAUCAUACCCCUCAAUGUUGGUCAAUGUCGGGAUAAGCACG